AUGGGCUUCAUUACAUCCGUGGCUCGCUGCGUACGAGAAAACAAACUCUCGCGCAGAUUAUCAAAUGCAAAGCCCCAACGACUUGACGAUGACUCGAACGAUUUGAUCAAUACAACCUCCCAUACCCCCUCCGCUGCACGCCCCGAGAGCAUUGCAUCUGCAUCUACCAUGGUCCAGCAUUCAUCCCAGGAACCGGUUGUCCCGACUGAAUCCCCAGCUCACAUGAAGCAGCUGGACCACUGGGACUUGAACAUUCGCACGCUGUUUGACGAAGUGGAUUCGCUGGAUCCCGAAACAAGUCGAGCUAUCAGGGCGUUGUCGAUGCCUGAGUAUCCGGUUCUCAGGAUGGAUACUAUUCAGUCACCGCUCGAUACGCCGACGAAGAAACUGGACGAUGCAAUUGAUCCGGGUGAUAAGGAAAACUGCUAUCGGAGGGGUGGGGGCAAGGAGGGAAAGUCAAGGAAAUCCCGGAAGAGUCAGGAUGAAAAGAGCAGAGCGGAUACUCAGAGCCAAGAUUCUGGCAAGGGCUUCAAAUUGAAACGAUCAGUGACUGAGUUACUCAGGAGACGCUCGCUCAAGAACCCACGAACACCAACAUCGCUCAAGACUUUGCGGAAUCCAAACUCGCCGAAGUGGUUAGAUUCUUCCAGUAUUGUGGAGGAGGAUGAUGUGGAUGAGAAGGAUGAGAUGAAGUGGAUGGAAGCGAAUGGAUUGCGCAGAUUUGACAAGAAGAGUAAUGGGUUCUGGACGGGCGAGGGAGGGGGAAGACUGUGGUGA